CUGUGUUUUCACCGUACAGUAAUCGCGUUCAGUCUGUAGAGUCAUCUAUCCAAUGUUCCAUUAUCUCCAUUUUACAUCAUCGUUAUCUUCGGGUAGAAAAUGUUAUCUCGCUAAAUUUUGCAAGUGUACGGCUUAAAUAUUGGUGCUCGUCAUUACGAAGAAUUUCCCCGUGAACAAUGAAGUGAAGUUGAUCGAAAACGAAUAGCUUAAAAACUUAUGUAAGGAAUAGUUUCUGUAAAAAUGUGUGCAUUAUUAAUAACUUUGGAAGAUUAAGAAUAGGGAGGUGGCAAUUCAAACAGCCUAAGAAAGUCAUUGUAGCUUCGACUUGAAUGAAUCCCAAUUGGUUAACUUACAACGAUUAUUCAUCAAAGAAAUUGCGUCUUUUCGCUCUGGAUUCCGAUUUUUGAAAGAACAACGAAAAUGCGUUUCACAACGGCAGCAGUAGCAUUGAUAGUCUUCAUCGUGAUAUUCUCAAUAUUUGUGGCAAACGUAGCCAAUCUGGUGGGAAUCGACAACAAGCUGAGCAAACGACUGAACGCUGCCUACAUCAAAGGGCAAGAGCGAUGGAAUGUCGGCGGCAAGCCGCUGAAGCUGGAUGAUGACCCUCGGCAUGUGAUGUGGUUCCUGCAGAUCUCCGACAUCCACAUCAGUCUGUACAAGGAUCCAAGUCGGGUGCCCCAUUUGAUUGAGUUCUGCAACCGAACGGUGGACAUUAUCCGACCAUCGGUAGUGUUGGCCUCAGGCGAUUUGACGGACGCAAAAACGGCCAAUUUCCUUGGAUCGAAGCAGCACGAACAGGAAUGGCGAUGGUACAGGGAUGUCCUGAAGGAUACGAACGUCCUCAGCAAAACCACCUGGCUGGAUAUCCGAGGGAACCAUGAUAAUUUCAAUGUCCCUGCAUUGCAAACCAAACAGGACCUUUUUACCAACUAUUCCGCACAAGGGAAGAACCAUCCUCGAUCGUAUUUGCAUCAGGUGGCAAAGGACGGUGAACGGUACAGCUUCAUUGCAGUGGAUGCCUGUUUGGAUCCGGGUCCAAAACGGCCUUUCAAUUUCGUGGGAAUGCUUUCCAUGAACGAAACGCAACACAUUAUAGGCUUGGCGGAGAAAUCUCGAGCUAUGGAUACGAACUAUACUAUCUGGUUCGGUCAUUAUCCGACGUCAUGUAUUCUAACGCCAGGUUUGGGAACCAGCGGCAUUAGGAAUCUAAUUGGGAAGUAUCAGGAAGGAUACGCAUACUUAUGUGGCCACUUUCACAAAUUGGGAGGUGCAGUUCCCCACAUGUACACCAUGCAGAACGAAGGUUUCUUGGAGUUGGAACUGGGAGACUGGAUGAAGAAUCGGAUGUACCGUUUGGCUGCCUUUGACCACGGCCAGUUCACCUUCGUCGACCUGCAGCACAAUAAUUGGCCUGUGGUGCUCAUAACAAAUCCAAAGAAUGCUCUUUUCAAUAUACCCGGCAAAGAGGAUUCCAGACUACAGCUGGAAUCAACCCACAUUCGCUUGUUGGCAUUUUCGCCGGCCAAAAUUACCGAGUGCCAGGUUAAGGUAGACCAUGGCGAAUGGAUCGAUUGCACACGGAUCAGUAGGGAGCUUUUCGUGGUUCCUUGGUCACCAGAAAAGUAUGAACGAGGCUUGCACAAAAUCUCAGCGUUCAUUCGUGAUGAAGAAGGCAGACAUCGGGUGGUCGAACAGGAAUUUACGUUGGAUGGAUCGAGGCGGCAGUUCAGCACCUUGGCACGGUUUGUGCUGAUGUACGAUACGAACAAAAUUUUCCAAGCAUUCUACAGCAUGGCGUUGAUCACCUGCCUGGUUCCACUGUGCGUUUUCCGAAUCUGGCAUAUGCUCGUUAGAAGUGGCACCGUCACUCGGCCUCGCAUUCGCAGCUACUGUUGUCGCGGCUGGAUCCGCAAGAUGUGGAUUCUCUCAACCGUCGAUCGAUUGGUGUUCCCGCUGAUAGGGUACUGUCUGUUCGUGACCUGCGGACCGUGGUCGUUUGGCGAAGUAAUCGACGGUCACAUAGGAGUCGUCUUCGUUUGGGGCAUAUUCGUCAACGGGACGUUCCUGCCGGGCACCUUGACCUACUUUUAUGGAUUCUUCCAAUUGAUGUUCUGCCAGUUCCCGCUCAUAAUCAUCUACGCCAACAAUGCACACAGAAGAUUAUACCGAGGACCGGCCAGUGCAGAAAAGAAACUCGGAUUCCUGGCCGCCACCUGGCAAAAUUUGCCGUUCCUGCUGAUUAUGCUCGUGGAGUUGCUGUUGGCACUCAUCUUUUGGAACGCUUACGGAACGUUGGCCUUCAUCAUCACGCCCCUGCGCACGUGGUCCAUCGUGCUGAACCUGAUUCUGUGGUAUCAGUCGAAAAAUCUACCCGAAAAGAGUCUUCGCUCGGCGGCCGCCUUGUGGGCUGCAUCGCCCGAAUCCAAAACCUCCCAGCUUUCGCAAUAGGGCCUUUCCCAUUGUUCGCACCUGUCGAAUAAGAUGUAACAACAUUUUGUGUAGGAAUUGACUUUCAAUCACAGUAGAAGCACCUUUUUGCAUACAACGUAUUGAGCUAAUAGAUUUCGAUACCAAAAUCAUAUAACAAAUUUAGUGCCCUAAAACAACCUUUACUUUUAAAAUGUUUGUUUCGUGUGGUUCGAAGUAAAAGACCAUUGACUGAAUCGUGUAGACAUAGUUUAAUUUGUUAGAACUUUCAUUAAAUUGGUUUCAAUUCCUGUAUUAUUUAUUUUCUAGAGAGUGUUUUAAUAUUUACAGACGAAAAAGUUUAUUUAUUCAAUUUCUAUAGAUCUAGAUUACUACUAAAUGAGUAGUUGCAAUGUUCUUAUUCAAAGUGGCAUCUAUGCAAUUUAUACUACAACACCACCGACAAUGCGGAGUAUAACUACUCCUAUCAACAGAUGAUAUUCUCUUAAGGCUAUUAAUUACCGGUAUUGACUGUUAUGCAUAAAUUUAAUAUAUGUGUAUUUAUGUGAUAAUAAAGGUUAACAAUUCAAA